UGGUGUAAAUUAACAGUUAGUUUAGUGUUGAAUACACAGCAGGAACGUAAAGGACGGCUAAACCUUCCUGCUUUAAACCAGCUGUGGUGUGAAACAUGACAGCUUGAAUGAAGAAGUUAAACCCUCAGUAGUUACAGGAAGUAGAAAGACUGUGGGUUAAAAGCUCAAGCUGACAGAGUUAUACAGGAAGCAGAGAGAGACGAUGAAGCAGAGAGGAACCAUGGAGGAGUCUAGAUGGAGGAAAAUGUUUGUAUUUUUCCUGCUGCUGCUGCAGAUUCCAGGAGCAGAGAGCAGAGAUCUCUCCCUCUACUUCACCAUCAGAGCUGGAGAUGACGUCACUUUGCCUUGUGAAAAUGUGCCUCAUGGUUACAGUGACUGUAGCUCCACCUCCUGGCUUCACAGUAAAUCAGGACAAGCAGCUGUAGAGUUGGUUGAACUUGGACAGGUUAAAGAUGGCCGCUCAGACAGACUGAGUGUUUCUGCAGAUUGUUCUCUGGUUCUAAAGAAAGUCACAGCUGAGGAUGUUGGUCUCUACUCCUGCAGACAGUUUAUAUCAGGAACACAGAGCGGUCCAGAUGCUGAGGUUCAUCUUUCUCUUGUUAACUUGAGAGAAGAUCAGAACCAGAACAUGGUGACAUUAACCUGCUCUGUGUCCACAUAUGGACAGUGUAAAAACAGAGUGAGGUGGUUGUAUAAUAAUAAGAAUGUGGAUAAAGAUAACCGAGAUGUAACAGAAUCAUCCUCUUCCUGCUCUGCUGCUGUCAGCUUCCAGACGUCUCAUUACAUUUAUCCAUCAAGGUUUAACUUGUUCAGCUGUGAAGUAAAGACAGAAGAUGAUAAACUGCUGACUUUUACCUUCGGCUCUCGUCCAUCAGUGACCACAACACCAGUUACACCUAAACUAGGAGAAACACCAGACGACCGCAAAACAGGUCCGCCGUGGUUGUACAUCAUUCUGCCUCUGGUUCUAGUGGCUUUGAUCAUAACUGUUGUUGUGUUUGUCCUUUUAAGGAGGACUAAAGGAAACAACACAGAACACAAAUCUGGGGAGGGUGACACCCACAGGCCUCUUGGGACUCAGUCAGCGUGUGAAAAUCAGCAACAUGAGGCUGAUGCAGAAAAUGGUGUUUCCUACGCCUCCAUCAGCUACACCAAGAAACCCAACAGCAGGAGCCAGGUUAAAAGUGACGGUGACAACGACACAGUGACCUACAGCACAGUGAAAGCUUCAUCCGCAGAUACCAACUGCCUCUAUGCUUCCAUCAACAAGCCAAACAACCCAGUCUGAGCUCUUUAAAUAUUUAGGAAAGGUGCUAAAUGUUAGAUAUUCCAUCACAGGCGUGCAUUGAAGAAAUAAGGUGUGAAAACAUGACCUGAUUGUUUACUUGGAUCAUUGCUUGAAAGUAGCAAAAUCAGGCAGAUUUUAUGUGUCGAGCUGUGCUGGUGUUGAUUGUUAAAGCGUUGCGUUGAUGUCUUUAGUCAUUAAAUCCAGACUUCCAUUUUUACUUUGAACUGGAAAACAGGAUUUUUGUACAGUUUUACCAAUAACCACGCCCCCCCCCCCCCCCCCUCCAUCACUGCCCACGAUCUGUAAGAGAUUAAAGAUGGAGGGAGCAGUUUUUAUAUUGUUUUAAUUAGCACUCCACUCAUCCCUUAUCUGGUCAGGACAUCCAAGUCUCCUCUUUUUUCACGAGAUUCUGUUUGCAGUUCUACCUCCUUUUGACUCUCAUCCAUUACCAACCUUGGCAAGACCUCAUUCUCCCACCUCAAUAAUAUUGCAAGUCCCUCACUCAACAUCCCUGACGCUGAACAUCUUGCUCGUGCCUUCGUCUCCUCCAGGCUGGACUACUGUAAUGUUCUCCUUCCUGGUAUCUCCAAGAGCUUUAGUCUGUUCAGAACAGAGCUGCCAGAAUCUAACAAAUUCUAAGGACCAAGCUGAUUUCUGCAGGAGACGUGGCCUUCUUCACAGCUGCAGAAUAAACCCCAGAACAUGCUGGUCAGAAGAUUUCUAAGCUAUAUAUAUUUUUUUUAUCAUUUCUGAUUUCAUUCUUUCAUUUAUUUAUACUUUUUACUUUUUUUGCUAAUUGUAGCACUUUGUGAUUGGUAAAAUUAUGUAAAGUGCAUUACAAAUGAAAUGUAGUAUUAUUAUUAUUAUUAUUAUUAUUAUUAUGUAAUCUAUUAUUAAUGUUUGAUAUUUAAUUUUAAUAUUUUCAUCUCAGUAUGUGUCUGAAACUAAGAAAUGCAUUUGAUAUGAUUGAUUUUUGCACAUCACAAGAGAUGCAAUCUAGCAGAGCAGCUGCAGUGUGGAACAUUAAAGGUCAUAAUGAAACGCA